AUGACUCCUCCUUAUAGAAGAGGUAAAUCAAGUGAAAAUCAAAAAUACCAAGACAGUCUUGAAUUAUUUCAAACAAUUUAUUUAGAAUUUGAAACAGUAAAAUGUUGUAGUGAUGAAGAAAUUGAAAGUUUACGCAAAGAGGUCAGAAGACUUAGAAACAAACUUGAAAAUGCUAAAAAUACAAUCAAACAACUAGAGGAAAAUUCAAAUAAAAUUGAUAAAAAUAACGAGGAUAUCGAUAGCUUGACAA